AUGGUUGAGGAGGAAGCUAAGAGCUUACCUAUGGAGCUGAGCGAGAAAGGUGGUGUGGAGAACAACGGAUUUGUUCAGAAUGAGGCUUUUGACGACAAGGAGGCUGAUACCGAUAGCCAAGAAGCAAUGCCAAAAACGUGCAUUGUUGAGGUGGACCCGGCAUCUGCAGAGGAGCUGGCCUUGAAGCCCUAUGCAGGGAUGCCAAAGGAAGUCCUGAUGAAGUUCUCCAGCCAAGCCCGGUACAGAGUCACCAGAGAGAUCCUCUUCUGGCUCAUCAUUGCUGCUGCCGUCGCGCUCGUGUGCGCUACGAUUGCUAUUAUUGCUCUCUCCCCAAAGUGCCUUGACUGGUGGCAGGCUGGUCCUAUCUAUCAGAUCUAUCCUCGCUCCUUCAGGGACAGCAAUAUGGACGGGAAUGGGGAUCUGAAAGGUAUCCAAGAAAAACUGGACCAUAUUACAUACUUGAAUAUAAGAACCAUCUGGAUCACCUCUUUCUUUAAGUCCCCCUUAAAAGACCUUGGAUAUGGAGCUGAAGACUUCUAUGAUAUUGAUCCCAUGUUUGGGUCGAUGAGUGAUUUUGAGGAUCUGCUUGCAGCCAUCCAUGACAGAGGGCUAAAGGUGAUCAUGGAUUUCAUACCGAACCACACCAGCGACACACACCGAUGGUUUCAGCUGAGUCGCAGUCGGACUGGGAAGUACACAGACUACUACAUCUGGCAGGACUGCCUGCAGCCCUCCGGCCUGGUCACUCCUCCCAACAACUGGGUGAGUGUCUUUGGGAAUUCCAGCUGGCAGUUUGAUGAUGUGAGAAAGCAAUGCUAUUUUCAUCAGUUUGGGAAAGAACAGCCAGACUUAAAUUUUCGCAACCCCGCUGUCCAACGAGAAAUGGAUGACAUUAUCAAAUUUUGGCUUGGCAAAGGAAUCGAUGGAUUUAGUUUCGGCGCCGUUAAAUUUCUUUUAGAAGCAACACAUCUCCGAGAUGAGCCUCCUGUGAACAAGUCUCAGAAUCCAGAAAGUAUCACAGCCUAUUCCCAGCUCCACCACGACUACACAGCCACGCAGGUUGGCAUGCACGACGUUGUCCGCGGCUUCCGCCACACCAUGGAUCAGUUCAGCAGUGAACCCGGCCGGUACAGAUUUAUGGGUUCUGAUGGUGAUGAAGAGGAAGACAUUGAAGCAACAAUGAUGUAUUAUGGAACAAAUUUUAUUCGAGAAGCAGAUUUUCCCUUCAAUUUCAACCUAAUUAACAUGAAAAAUCUAUCAGGCAACAGUGUUUUUGAAGCUGUCAACUUGUGGAUGAAAAAUCUGCCUGCAGGAAAAUGGCCAAACUGGGCGGUUGGAAGCCCCAGUGCUGCCCGGAUUUCCUCUCGGAUUGGGAAGGAGUACAUCAAUGUUAUGAACAUGCUGCUUUUAACCCUCCCUGGUACUCCUGUAACAUACUAUGGGGAAGAAAUAGGCAUGGAGAACAUUGCCACAGAAAACGUAAGUGAAGGGCUUAUAAACUGUGAUCCUGUGACCUUUCCAGAGAAAUCCCCCAUGCAGUGGGAUGGCACAGAUAAUGCUGGUUUCACUGAAGGCAACAGUAGCUGGUUACCUGUUAACUCUGACUACCAAAGUGUAAAUGUUGAAAUCCAGAUGGCCUGGUCCAACUCGAGCCUGAAUUUGUACAGAGAGCUGAGCUCACUUCGCAGCAGCGAGCUCCCUGUUCAGCGGGGCUGGAUGUGCUACGUCUGGAACGACAGUAACGUGUUCGUGUACGUGAGGGAACUGCAGGGCUUAGACAGAGCCUUUAUGAUGGUUCUCAAUUUUGGGCAGGAAUCAACAAUAGACCUGAAAGCUCUAGUUCCUAACCUUCCAUCUGAAGCUGUUGUAAGACUAAGUACUAAUUUUAGCAAUACUGGUAAAGCUGUCGAUACCAAACUAAUUAAAACUGAAAUGGGAGAAGGCCUGGUCCUUGAAUAUACAACAGCAAAUCCUGUUCAUACUAUGGAAGCUUUUCAAGGAAAUUGUUUUGUGGCAGAAAAAGCUUGUUACUCCAGUGCCUUCAAUUUACUCUACGUGAACUGUUAA